AGAAUGGAAAUCAAUUGGAGAUUUCUGGCGACCAUGAUGUUAAUGGUGAUGACAUGCAGAGCAGUGAAAGCAAAGUGGGAUUUCGCUCAUGCAACGUUCUACAAAGAAGCUCCUGGCGGCGCCUGCGGCUAUUUUGAUGAAAACAGCCGCUCUUUAUAUGCGGGCGUUUACACAACAGCACUGAGCACCGCUCUAUUUGACAAUGGAGGCAAAUGCGGGUCAUGUUUGGAAGUAAAAUGUAUUUUUAGCAAAUGGUGCUUAACUGGGUCUCGAACUGUGAGAGUAACUGCAACAGAUUUUUGCCCUCCAAAUUAUGCCAAGCCCAGUGACAAUGGAGGGUGGUGCAAUCCUCCACGUAAGCACCUCGAUUUGUCCAUCCCUGCAUUUGAACAUAUUGCAGUUUAUGAGGGGGGUAUUGUGCCUGUGCUCUAUAGGAAGGUCAAAUGCCUUUUCAAGGGAGGAAUUCGGUUCACCAUUAGGGGAAAUCCCUACUUUCUUCUGGUUCUGGUGUGGAAUGUGGGUGGAGAUGGACAGGCUGUGAGUGUGAGUAUCAAGGGAGCCAACACUCCCUGGUUUCCCAUGAGGAGGAAUUGGGGUCACAAUUGGGAGUUCACUCAGGCUCGUCUUCAGGGCCAAGCUCUUUCUUUUAGGGUCCUUACUAGUGAUGGGAAGUAUCACACAUCCAUUAAUGCUGCUCCCCAUGAUUGGGUGUUUGGGAAUACCUAUAUUGGCCAGCCUUGAUCAUCAUUCCUCAACUUACAUUUGUUUCGGAGGCUCAACCAUUAGAUUGAGGCAUUUGGAUUUUGUUGAAGAGAUCUAAGUUCAAAUCUUGACGAGGAUUAGAUGUCGAUGUUUAGGUGGUGGGUUGAU